AUCCGUAAAUCCGCAAUCACUCCAAUGUGCGAACCCUAAUUUUAUUGCCGGAUUUCUUCUGUGACAGCUUUCGUCCCCUUCCUUCUCAAUUCGUUUGGCACAUAAAGAUUGGAUUUUUGGUGAAACUGAAGCUUUAAACCAUACACGUUCUUUUGAACUUUCUUUUCGUAAUGGCGUGACAUGGUUUGAAACUUUAAAUUUUAUUGCAUAUCUGGAUUCCCAACUUGCAGAGAUGGACGAAGAAACAAUGAAUUCAGCGCGACGGAUGUCGACGCGGUCUCGUAAGAUUGCUCCGAAGAUGGCGGCGGCGCUUGCUAGCACCGACAACAGAACACAGGCGAUUCUGGCUCGCUUGGAUGCACUGGAGAGUGACAAUGGUAUGCCGGAACCCGUGCAGCUUGAUGAAGAUGAUGAAGCUUCACUUGAUGAUGAGGAUCAAGUAUAUCAAAAGAAGCAGCCGAAAGGCACAAAAAGGAAAACUCGUCAAGCCAAGGCUCUUGAGAAUAAGAAGGCUCCAAAGACAUUCAUGGAGCUCUUGAAUGAGGCAAACCUGGAGUCCUUGCCUCCCCAUGUCCCGACCUACUUGAGAGCUGCUGUGGGACCUCCAAGCUCCACCACCCGCCGUCACUUCUGCACUGUUUGUGGAUUCUCUGCUCCCUAUGCUUGUGUGCAGUGUGGGAUGCGCUUUUGUUCAAUCCGAUGCCAAACUAUACACAAGGAUACACGUUGCUUGAAGUUUGUUGCAUGAUCACAAGGAGCAAUCCCGGGUUCUAAAUUUAUGCAAGAGUGAUGGAUAUAUUGGGCUUGAUACCGAGUCAAUAUUUUAUGGGCUCGGAUCAGAGGGGUCUUGAUCGCUCGAUCGUGCCACCACAGAUUUGGGCUCAACCUCCGCUGCAAGGGUCCAAGCUCCUUGCCCAGUAAUAGAAGCAAUGGAAUUGAGUUCGGCCCAUAUGAUAGCAAUGUAUAUACUUCACUUGUCGAAGUGCCUAAACUUUGAUCUCGAUGAAUACAUUGUGUUUCGACGU